GGAAGAGCGCCAUCGACUUGUCGCUUGUGAGCGAGGGUUGCCACUACGAGUGGCGACGCAGCCCCGACACUCAGGGCUCCGAUCAUUACUCGAUCUCCCUCGAGCCGCACGCUACAGCCGCCGCACGCACCCUACCGUGUUACCGACUGGACACAGUUUCGGAAACUCUGUGCCACGCCCCCUACUGCGAACACGGAUUUCCUGACUCACGUGACACGUUGUGUCGACGCCGAGACGAAAUGCUGUUCUGUGCCUGCGGGAACGCCGGUGCCCGACAUCAAACUGCUUAACCUUCGAGCUGUCCGGCGCCGCGCUGAACAUCGAGCCAUCAAGAGUGACAGGAGACAGAAUUGGACUCUCUACAAUCGCCUUGAUGCGGCGUGCCGCCGUCAUGCCAGGCAGCGGCGCAAUCAGAGCUGGAGCAGUUUGUGUGAGUCGCUCGACGAUACGCGCAACAGAUCGCGCCCGUGGCGCAUUCUCGGCGCUCUCCUUCGACCAAAGGUCCCUCGCUGUCCUGCGCUUUCCAUCGCGGUCGCACAGGGCUUAAGCGCAGAGCAGCUCGCGGACGCGUUCGCCGCCGCUUUUGCACCGCCGCCGCCAUUGCUUCCGCCGGAUGGCCCAGUUUUCGAGCUUCCCGAGCGUCCUGAGCACAACAAAGCCGCUCUCCUCGCGCCGCUUCGCUACUUCCCGACGAAUGGAAUUCUGCAGCAGGUGAAGGCGCUGUGCACGGAGGACUUCACCUUGAGCGAGCUUCGCAUCGUGCUCAACGCUCGUAGGCGACGUUCUGCGCCGGGCGCGGAUGGAAUCACCUACCAGACGUGGCGAAACAUCGACGACGAGCAGCUCCCAUCGCUGUUGGAGCUGUACAACCGCGUCUGGCGCACCGGCGUCGUUCCUCCCGAGUGGAAAGAAGCAACCGUGGUACCUCUCCUCAAGAGUGGCAAACCGCGAAGCAGCGUGAGCUCCUACCGCCCGGUUUCACUCACGUCUGUCGCCGGUAAGACACUCGAAGCUAUGGCACUUCGUCGUCUGGAGUGGAUUGCGGCGGCACUCGACGCAUUCGCUCCCGAGCAGAGCGGCUUCCGCCGGCUGCGCGCAACGGCUGAAGCCCUGGCAGAGGUUGUCGCUACUCUCGAGCAGGCGGCGAGCCGUAGCGAGGCCGGCUACCUCGUCCUGCUUGAUGUACAGGGCGCCUUCGAUGGGCUGCCGCAUUCUACGAUCGUCAGUGCGCUGCACGAGUUCGGCAUCACCGACCGGCUACUCGACUACGUGCGAGCCUUCUUGUCUGAUCGCACGCUUCGGGUGCGGGUUGGAGGUGCGCUCAGCCGGCCCCGCAGUGUGUUUUCUGGUGUUCCGCAGGGCAGUGUUUUGAGCCCCUUUUUGUUUAAUCUUGCCCUCGCGCGACUUCCGGACUACAUCCCAAAAGCGAUGUCGCACGAAGUACGGGUGGCAAUCUACGCUGACGACAUCGCCCUCUUUGCGACUGGCCCUACUCAAGUCGGCUAUCAGGUGCGUGCAUCUGUCCAGACUGCAAUUGACGCGGUGGACCAGUUCAUGGGAAGCAUCGGCCUCCAGCUGUCGGUGACCAAAACAGAAGCACUGCUGGUACACCCGCGAGGAACGCGAGCACGUUCCGAAGCGCCACCGCUAACUCUGCGCCGUUGCCCUCUCCCGCGGCGCAAGAGCGUCCGUUACCUCGGCCUGCAGAUCGACUGCCGCGUCAACUUCAAUGCGGCCGUCUCCCACAUCUGCAAGCAAUCAAGGAAAGUCGCCAGCGCCGCGCGCUCUGUUCUCGCGCGUGGACACGGAUGCACGCCGCAACUCGCACUGCGCGUGUACAACUCUGUGGCCACAUCGAGGGCACUCUACGCCCUCCCCACCACCAACGCUCGAGCGGCGAAUUGGAAUGCCAUUGACAUGGCGCACCGUACGGCGGUGCGAGAACUAUACGGCCUCCCUCGCUCCUCCCAAGUAGGGGCGACACUCGCGGAAGUGGGCAACUGGCCGCCAUCGCUUCGUGCACGAAAGCAGGCGCUCCACCACAUUGAGCGCCUGCAGCGCUCACCACAGGGCCAGCGGCUCGUCUGCAGACUCCACUCCCUGCCGAACUUGGGAAUGGGCAAGUGCGCCACCGAGUUCUCAAAGCUCAUCGGGUCGUCGCCACAGUUCGUCUCCCUGCCGUACUACUCCAGUCUGCUCGACGUGAACAUCGCGGUGCCUGGCGUCGCAUCAAAGCGCCGAACUGCGGUGUGCGCCAUGAGACAGGAGACCGCCUCCCUACUGCACGAGCGACUGGCAGGACGACUUCUCGUCUACACCGAUGGCUCGGUGACGCCGGACGGGUCUGGUGCUGCGGCUUGCACGGCACCGGACAUCUCGGAAACGCGCCAGUGCCGACUGCGCGUUGCCACGUCAUCGACAGUGGCCGAACUCGCCGCCAUCGAUCUCGCUGCCGACCUCCUUUUGGAACAUCCGAACAUUGUGUCAGCGGCCAUUCUUACUGACUCUCGUGCGGCGCUUUGCCUGCUGGCCAGGGACUACGCCGGAGUGCCCCUUGUUGUUCGAGUUGGCUGCAAGCUGCGACACAUCGUGAAUCAAGGCUGCGACCUGGCGCUUCAAUGGAUACCCGCACACAUCGGAUUGCCAGGCAACGAGGAGGCUGACUCCCUCGCCAAGGCGGCGCACGGUGAGCGCUUUCCCCUCACCCACUUGGUAACGAGCUUCGACGCGGCCAAGACAGCGGUUCUGCGCAGCCUCACUGCGCAACAUCCCGAUCGGCGCGUCGCGGCGGGAACGCCCCCGCGCCUGCUCCCGCGUGCGAGCCUCUCUCGGGCGCGUAUUUAG